CAGAUCUCGUACAACUGCUACAACUACUGAUAUCGAGAUCGCUACAAUCGAAUAGCCUCUAGCCACGUCGUCUUCUGCAACAGCUUGGCCGUACACUCUCUGCAGCGAAUCUGCUAAUCUCCUCCCUCACAUCGCCUCGAUCGCCCCGGUUCAUUUGACGUAUACGUACACAAGGAAGGUUUACGAAUUUCUUAUCCGACCCGAUCUCGCCUACACCUCUCCUUCUGCUUUCCCGCCAAACGCAAGUCUAUUUCAAUCAAGACUAGACCGAGUCGGACUAGCUUAUACCUCAGGACCUCGGAACGAACGCAGCAGAAGCCUCGAAUAGGAGAGGAAAAGAAAGCCACACACAGGCAGUAAAGAGCGAAAAAAAGCAGGCUUAAGAAAGGACAAGAUGUCACACAACUCGGAGGUCGAUAUCGAUUACGAGUCGUUGCCGAUCGGUGCAGGAUGGGGCACGCACAUGCUGGCAGGAGCCUUGGCAGGUAUCUCGGAACACACCGUUAUUUACCCCGUAGACGCCAUCAAGACCCGAAUGCAGGUCCUCCCCUCGUUAUCCCCCUCGGCCCUUCUCGCCCAGACCUCGGGUGCCAACUCAUCAUCGACCCUGACCGCCUCCUCAUCCCUCCUCUCCCACCUGCGACACGCAUCGACCACCCAAUCCCUCCGGACGCUCUGGCGGGGAGUGGCUAGCGUGAUCAUGGGUGCCGGACCCGCACACGCCAUGCAUUUCGGGACGUACGAGUUUGUCAAGGAGGUCGCCGGUGGGGAUCGGGAGGGGCUUCGAGGUGUCGGAGGAACGGCGUUGGCAGGUGCCAUGGCUACGACAGCCAGUGAUGCGUUCAUGAACCCGUUCGAUGUCAUCAAACAACGUAUGCAACUCCAAAGCUCGACCUACCGCUCGGUCAUCGCCUGCGCCAAACACGUCCACGCGACCGAAGGACUCCGAGCGUUCUACAUCUCUUACCCUACGACCCUCUUGAUGAACAUUCCCUUACAAGCCGUCCAGUUCUCCGUAUACGAGAUCUUGAAAUCGUUCUUGAACCCUACGGGAGAGUAUUCGCCUUCGACCCAUAUCGCUGCGGGUGGGGUGGCUGGAGGUGUGGCGGCUGCUUUGACGACCCCGUUGGACGUUGCCAAGACCCUCUUGCAAACCCGAGGAACGUCCAAUGACGCACGGAUACGUAAUGCCCGAGGGAUGGCCGAGGCGCUCAAGAUCAUCGUCGCCAGGGACGGAUGGAAGGGUCUUCGACGAGGGAUGAGCGCGAGGGUGGUCACCUUCGCUCCGUCUACCGCGAUCAGUUGGGCGAGUUACGAGUUCUUCAAAUCUCUUAUCAAAUCGCAAGACUACCAGUCGAGCGCCAUGGCCUAAGAGCAAAAGUCCUGCAUCAAACGGCUCUGCUUGACACGACGGGAUCUGGCAGACCCGUAAUCCGAAAAAACGACCUGGCACAUUGUAACACUAAUGCGAGACCAUCUGGACGAAGGGCGAUGCUGCGUUGGGGGAAGAGAGGGCUUCUAGAUAGACUUGACUUGUGACGUGGGAUGUGGAUGUAUGGGACUAGCAUCAGAGGUUCCUACAAGCUACAAGGGGUGAUGGAAUGGAUAUACCUCUUGGGCCUGAAGGGUGCAUAGCAUGAUGCAUGCAUGACGUGGACUAGGGAGGCUUGAUGACGUAAUACUCUUCGAUUGUUUUGAA